AAAAAACAAAACGGAAAACGGGCAGCGCCGUUUCUCUCCCUCCCUCUCUCUCUCCACCCCGCGAGCGUCACGCCGCGACGAGACUCCCACGCGGUCCGCCCCGCGUCGCCUCGCGAUGGCCGCCGCCGACUACGACCGCGCGUACCGCCCCGACGCGGCCCCGGCCCCGGCCCCCGCCGCUGCCGGGGAGUUCGACCGCCCCUACCGCAACGAGGUGGUGCCGUACGGCGACCGCCGCCUCGACAUCGUCGUCAAGCCGCCCGCCAGGUCGCCGCCGCCGCCGCUGCCGGCGUCCGCCAGGAGCGGCGGCGGGGCGGGGUCGGCGUGGUGCUUCAGCGACCCGGAGAUGAAGAGGCGGCGGCGGGUGGCGAGCUACAAGGCCUACUCGGUGGAGGGCAAGGUCAAGGCAUCGCUCCGCAGGGGGUUCCGCUGGAUCAAGGCCAAGUGCUCCAAGCUCAUCCAGGGCUGAGCCCGGGAUCUCGGUGGAAUUCUAUUGGGAUGGUGGAAGAUGCUGCAAAACGAAGUGCGAAGCAUGGGGUGUUGGGGUGUAUUUUGCUAAUUCGCUCCCAAAUGUCGAAGAAGAUUUGUUCAUGAGAUUGUGUAGGGAAUUUUUAUGCUGCCCCUGGUUAUAUAGGAAGAAGAGUCCAUAUGAACUCUCCUGAGAUUGCUUGUUACCGCCCUGCUAAUUAUCCCCUAAUCUGUUGAAGAAUGUUUGAAGAGGAACUGAAUCAUGAAAAGGGAAACCCUCUGCAUGAUACUAGUGCUACUCUCUAA